AUGUCUUUGUUUGCGCAGCUUUAUGCUGCAAGAUGGAUGUUAGGUUUGAUUGCUCUGGCGGCCUACGCAGCGAGGGCAUAUUUGGGCUAUCGGCGGCUUCGAGCUUUCGCUGGUCCACCUACCACGGGGUGGUCCGAACUGAUACACAUCCGUGCGUUCCUGGGGCGACGUUCACAUUUCUGGUACAGAGAGGUGGGCGAACGCUAUGGCCCCAUCGCCCGAGUUGGCCCCAACGACUUGAUCACAUCCUCGCCAGACCUGCUGGCGCAUAUGAAUGCGGUGCGCUCGCCAUACACUCGAUCAACAUGGUUCAACGCUGCGACGCGCACAGAGGUUGGCAGAGACCAUGUCUUCAGUCAGAUUGAUGAGGCUCAGCACACCAAGCGGCGUCAGCAGAUGGCUUCAGGUUAUUCUGGCAAAGAAAAUCUCUCCCUAGAAUCAGACAUUGAUGAGCAUGUACAACAGCUUCUCGACCUGAUCAGAUCAAAGUACCUUUCCACAUCAACGCGUUACACGCCCAUGGAUCUUGGAAGCAAAAUCCAGUACUUCACCCUGGACGUCAUCAGCAAGAUCGGCUUUGGCAAAGCCUUCGGAGACCUCAAGGCCGAUGCUGAUGUCGACAACUACAUUAGCUCCGGGAGAGACGGUUUGUCAAUUAUGAUUGUGGUUGCUGGCCUUGGUUUGACGCCUUAUCUCCACUGGCCACCUAUUGCACGUAUUCUCGGGCCCUCGGAGAAGGAUGCAACUGGUUUUGGGAGGAUGAUGGCUGUCGCUCGGGGUCUUAUCGACUCACGUCUCGAGAAGCCGACCAACGGUCGCUCGGACAUGCUUGCUUCGUUCAUACGCCACGGUUUGAAUCGAGACGAUUUACUCACCGAAUCAAUGCUCCAGAUCUUGGCCGGGUCGGACACCACAGCGACUGCUAUACGUGCGACGAUGCUCUAUCUGAUGACACAUCAUAGAGUCUAUAAGAUUCUCCAGGCUGAGAUCGACGCUACUGUCGCCUCAAGUCUGGCUAGCACUACUUUCGAUAUUGUUUCCGAUAAGACGUUGAAGGGUUUACCAUAUCUGCAGGCUGUUGUUCGCGAAGGGCUUCGGAUGCACCCACCCAUCACCGAUGUUGUCCCAAAGAAGGUUCCGGUUGGAGGGGACAAUUUCGUCAUUGAAGGCAAAGAAUAUUUCUUCCCUGGCGGGACCAACAUCAGCUACGACGCAUGGGGCUUGCACCAUGACAAGAAGAUCUUCGGCGAAGAUGCUGACUGCUUCAGACCAGAACGCUGGUUACUCGACGACCAUGAUGAAAUUCACCGCGAAAGUCUGAACGCUAUGAUUCGGACUUCAGAGAUGGUUUUCGGCUAUGGCAAAUACCAGUGUCUUGGUAAGCCCAUCGCAUGGCUGGAGAUUAGGAAAGCUAUCUUCGAGUUUCUGCGGCAUUUCGACUGGUCUCUUGCAGACUCUGAGAAGCCUUGGAGAUCAUUAAACUACGGUGGUAUCUUUCUGCAGGAUCAGAUGAAUGUCCUAGUCACUGAGAGGAAACCCAGCUUGAGAUAA